AUGUUCACCCCUCACACCAAUCAAAAACCCGAAUACCCGGGACGGACCCCACCCGAGAUCCCUUCCCUCCCAAAAGUCCAACCUUCUCCCGUUCCCAAAGAGCAACCCGUGCUUCCGACCCAGAAUCCGGACGCCAACCCGGCUGUGCCACCGGAAAUUGUCACGAAUCCGACUCCCGGUCCUGACCCAUACCCGAGUCCAAAACCCGAUGCCCCGAAACCGCCUCUGACCCCACCCGGCCCUGACACACCACUGCCGAAGCAGCCGGAUACGGUGCCACAGCCACCACCGGAACUAGAUCCGCCGCGGGCACCGGAGAUUGUGCCCCCGCCGAGUACCCCGCCGGAUAUAACGCCACCCACUGGACCCAAAGCAUGUGACUUAUGGCCAUUUUCUGGAUUGGGCUUAUGGUCCAUAGUCAUUAACUUUUGGCUUCUCCUGCAAAAGAGAAAAUGUGAAGAUGUUUAUGAAAGGGAAAAGACAAGAAAGGAAUAG